CCCGGCUUCAACUGCCGUCUUCACGAUGCGUGCUCCCGAGCCAGUGGCGGUCGCUGCGUAUUUAGGAAAACAAUGUCGUCUCUCCUUGUCUGCAUUGCUGUCCCACCCUGGCCACACACCAAGCACGACGCGACGCAUUGAAACAACCCCGCAUACGCGCCCCGCAUAGCUUGUACAGCUUGGCCCCUCCGUCUGAUCUCAGCGUAAACGAUCCCGCAUAUAUAAUAAUACCAGACCCUGUCUUGUUCUAGGAUAGCAUCAUGGCUUCCGACGCGUCAUACACCGUCCCGUUGCUUGUCAACGGCAAGGAAAUCACCACCUCGACCACGUUUCCCGUAAUCUCGCCCGGCUCGCACAAGGAGAUAUGGAGCGCCUCAUCAGCCUCCCUCGACGACGUCAAGAGCGCCAUUGAAGCCGCGCAGGCCGCUUUCCCGGCGUGGGCCAGGACGAAGCCCGCCGCCCGCCGCGACAUCUUCCUCAAGGCCGCCGACAUCGUCACGGCGCGCGCCAAAGAGCUGGGGCGCUACAUGGAGGAGGAGACGGGCUCGGCGGCGGCCUUCAGCUCUGGCUUCAACGUCCCGCUGGGCGCGGAGAUGUUCAAGGACGUGGCUGGCAGGUGCAGCGGCAUCAACGGCGUGAUUCCAACGUGCUCAGACGACAACACGGCCGCCCUGGUGGUCAAGGAGCCCUUUGGCGUCGUCUUGGGCAUUGCACCAUGGAACGCCCCCUACAUCCUCGGCAUCCGCUCCGUCCUCUACGCCCUCGCCGCCGGCAACACCACCAUCCUCAAGGGCUCCGAGUUCUCCCCCCGCUGCUUCUGGGCUAUUGGCUCCGUCCUCACCGAAGCUGGUCUCCCCGCCGGCGCCCUCAACGUCCUGUACCACCGCCCCGAAGACGCCGCCCAAGUCACCACCGCGCUGAUUGAGCACCCCGCCGUCAAGAAGAUCAACUUUACAGGCUCCACUGCCGUCGGCCGCAUCAUCGCCGCCAGCGCGGGCAAGCACCUCAAGCCCGUGCUUAUGGAGCUCGGCGGUAAGGCGAGCGCCAUCAUUCUAGAUGACGCGGAUCUCAACAAGGCCGCGACGCAGUGCGCCCUCGGCGCAUUCCUGCACUCGGGCCAGAUCUGCAUGGCGACGGAGCGCAUCCUCGUGCACAAGGACGUGAAGGCCAAGUUCAUCGAGGCCUUCAAGGGCGCAGCCGAAGGCAUAUUCGGCGGCGACAAGCCCGCGCCGAUCCUCGUUCAGGCCGCCAAUGUCGAAAAGAACAAGCGACUUGUCGCUCAGGCCGUCUCAGCAGGCGCCAAAGUCGUGCACGGUGACCACGAGAAGGACGAGCCGCACCCGGAGACGAAGGAGGCGAGUAAGACGCGCAUGCGGCCCAUUAUUGUUGACGGUGUGAACAAGGACAUGGAGCUGUACCACACCGAGUCUUUCGGACCUUCUGUCUCGGUCAUCGAGAUCAGCAGCGAGGAAGAAGCAGUAGAGAUUGCGAAUGACACAGAGUACGGGCUAACGAGUGCGGUGUUCACGGAGAAUCUGGGCCGCGGGCUGAGGAUUGCGAAGCAGAUCGAGAGCGGUGCUGUGCACAUCAACGCGAUGACCGUCCACGACGAGACUAACCUGCCGCAUGGUGGUGCGAAGAUGAGCGGAUGGGGCCGCUUCAACGGCAGUUGGGGCUUCGAUGAGUUCCUCAGGCUGAAGACGAUUACGUACCAGGUCUAGGGAUGUCGUUCAGGUGUGCUUGGGCUAGAUGGACGCGGCAGGUAGAGUGGAGAUAUACCCUCGGAGGACCGCUAUGCAAUAUUCUUUCCAAAUC